CUUUGAUAACAGUUUUAGCCACGCCCCUUACCUGGCUUUUCCGAGCAAAUCAGUAAUCCUCAGAUAGCGACUGUGACAGCUCAAGCCGUUCAUAUUGUUGUCCUUAUUGUUUCAAACUGGCACGAUAUUUUGUAAUUUGUGCCUUUUUAGAUUCCACGGUUACAUUUCCGGGUUGUCAGAACGGGCUGACUGAACUUACUAACCGGUAACCACACAGAGGCCAUAAGCUAGCUAGCCCAGCUGUCUCUACUGUCCAACUGCCGAGUGCUCUUUGUCUUUUUAAGUCAGCUAGCAGCAGCGCUGUUUUAUCUGUCAUUGAGCAAACGCCGGAGUUUACAAUUCUGUUUCAUUUUCCCCGGUUUGACGAGAAUCUAGCGAACCAAGAUAGGCGGCUUGGGAACCAAGAUGUCAAAUCGAGUGGUGUGCAGAGAAGCAAGUCACGCCGGGAGUUGGUACUCAGCUUCGGGAUCCCAGCUGAAUGCACAAUUAGAGGGCUGGCUGUCCCAAGCACAGUCCACAAUCAGACCUGCUAGAGCCAUCAUUGCGCCCCAUGCUGGGUAUACCUACUGUGGUGCUUGUGCAGCACAUGCUUACAAGCAGGUGGAUCCCUCUGUUACUCGUAGGGUGUUCAUUCUGGGACCUUCACACCAUGUGCCCCUCUCCCGCUGUGCCCUGUCACCUGCAGACAUCUAUAGAACGCCCCUCUAUGACCUGAGAAUCGACCAGAAGGUUUACGCAGACCUCUGGAAGACCGGGUUAUUUGAGAGGAUGAGUCUGCAGACAGAUGAAGAUGAGCACAGUAUUGAAAUGCACUUGCCUUACACUGCUAAAGCCAUGGAGAGUCACAAAGAUGAAUUCAGCAUUGUUCCUGUGCUUGUGGGUGCUCUGAGUGAGUCUAAGGAGCAAGAAUAUGGGAGGCUGCUCAGCAAAUACCUGGCAGAUCCUUCUAACCUUUUCAUAAUCUCUUCUGACUUCUGUCACUGGGGCCAGCGGUUUCGCUACACAUACUACGACGAGUCUCAAGGAGAGAUCUACAGAUCUAUUGAGCAUCUUGAUAAAAUGGGGAUGAGCAUUAUAGAGCAACUGGAUCCCAUUUCCUUCACCAACUACUUGAAGAAGUACCGUAACACCAUCUGUGGACGUCACCCUAUUGGAGUGCUGCUAAAUGCUGUGGCCGAGCUUAGGAAGUCUGGUUUAGAAAUGAACUUUUCUUUCCUGAACUACGCCCAGUCGAGUCAGUGCAGGAACUGGCAGGACAGCUCCGUGAGUUAUGCUGCUGGGGCGCUCAUCGUUCAUUGAGGUCAGCUUCUGCAGGGGCCACUGGAACGCCGCCACCCUGCCCUUACUAUCUUAAUGCCAUAACCUUGACCCAUGAUUCUCCGAUUCCUAUCCCCAUGCGCCCCAACUCCCUCGGUAAUGCCCACUAUGUGCAGGAAAAACUUAGAUAAUUGAAGCCAAUAAAAUAAUUUCCCUUUAGUCCCUCAGCUCUUCUUCGCUUUUCUCAACCCACCUCUUAGUUUGAAGUGUCUUCCGAGAUUUUGGUUGCAGUGAAAUUUCAGGAGAGGACGGAGGUGACUGGGUUGGAGAAAGCUCUGGGAGUAGCAAAUCUUUCUUUUUGGAUUAUCCCUGUAGACCCUCCUUUUUUCCCCAAUAAUGACGAGCAACAGAGAUGUAAAAAAAAAAGAAAAGAAAAAGAUUUAUUUGGAUUUGAUAUGUUCUCUUAUAACUCGCCCCCCUGAAGAAUACCAAUUUCAAUAAAACUGCAGAUGUUAUUGGAGAAUAUUCAGCUCUUCCCAGAUGAGGACGGAAUGAGUCUUCUGACUGUAUUAGGCCUAAUGCUAUGCUAACUUGGGAAACCGUGUCAUAGGUAACUGCUACCACUAUACAGCAUAAAAAAGGGCUGCACUCGACAAAGUUCACUUAGACCCUACUGUAUAAAACAAACAAAAAAAAAACACAUAUUAUAAUCAUAAUAUUGGUUUAAUAUAUAUAUUUUAUUCAUAUUUUAACCUUUUUUUACUUUAUAGAAGUUUUGAUAGAUGUGAUAGUAUUAACUGGAUUAGUGUGUAGAUUUGAGUAGCAGCUUCGUCAGAUUGACUCUGAGGUUGUCAACAUGGUUUGGCCUGUAGAUCAAUGUAUGUACCACUGAUCCUUUGAUCCAGUCGUAUGUUUAUGGCAUUACAGAUUACAUCUUCAGCGCUUUGCUGCAGUUAUGGAUGCUACAGAAAUGUAAUCAAAUCCAGACUCUGGCACCUUCUAUUUACAGUUUACACUUCCCUCCUGGAUCCCUGUAAUAACUGACUCUUCACACUGAAGUGAUUACUUAUUAUUUUUCCUUUUUCCUUGAAUUGUAAAAUGUUUUUGUUACGUACUGAGUAGAGCUUUUUUCAAGGCGAUCCAAACAAAGCAGCCAAGCUGGAAUGACCACCAUCUUCAAAGAUUACAUGUCAAGUCUGUGAAGGAGGUUUUUAAUUACAGCUUCUUGUUUUUGACUGAAUAACGCCAAAAACCUUUGCACAACAACACAUUUUAAUUUCUGUCUUGGCCACUUUUGAAAGUUUAUUUUUCAAAGUUCCAUGUCAUUAUUAUUUCAGAAUUGGUUUGUUCUAAAUUUGUAAUAAAUCAGAACAUAGUGGAUGGUCAAAGUUUUCUAAAUCUGCUCAAAAACAUAAUGAUCUGUCAAAUUUCCCCAGAACACUGAGAGAUAUUACUACCAGCUGCAUUUUGAAUUCAUUGGCUAAAGGUUUGGAAAUACUGAAGCACAAAAGCCCAAGAGGACUGUUGCUUUUACAAUGCUUUGCAAAAUUAUUUACCCCACUUGACUUGUUAAGGUAUUUUAUUGUAUUUUAUAUAUCGGAACAAUAAAAAACAUUGUUACAAAUGAAAAUCAGUCUAAGAAAUGUGGCAUAGAUUUGGUUUUAGCCACUUCCCUUCCCCUGCAGGUCUUUGGGUAUGUUUCUACUAGCUUUGUACAUAUGGAGACUGAAAUGUUAGACAACAGUGUAUAUUUCAAUGGCAAUGCAUUAAAACUUUGCUUGCCAAUGACA